AAAUUCUUCAUCAAAACUUCAUUUUAAUAAAACUGUAGCCACCCUACAAGAGUUUUUGUUGUUAUUUUUCAAAUUUUCUGUUCUUUUUGCAUAUUUUUAUCACCCACAGGUUUCUUAUGUAAAACUGAAUUUCUAGAUCUUUGUAAUCACUAGUUUACAUUCCCAUUUGAUAUUUCCCUGUUUACAUCCACUUUAUUACGCUAAAGCUUCAUUCCUGUUAACUCUUGAUUCUUGGUGCCCCCCUUCCCCCCACCCCAAAAAAAAAAAGAAAGAAUUUUGACGAGGCCCACAAUAGGGUUGGGUGGGCUUCGUCUUCGCCAAUAAAACCCAUAAAUUUUCUUGAGAUUUGGGAAAAUGCCUUUUCCUCUUUUUAAAUGGAGGUGAAGAAGAUAGAAAAAAUACUCCAGAUUUUAGUUUUUUUACAUGUAUUUACUAUAUUUGUUGCUUCUCCAAUAUAGGUGGACUAACUUUUUGAAUUACCCCCUUCAUUAAUUAUUGUUGUCAUGUAUAUAUAUGCCUAACUGGAGUACAGCCUCAGUUGUCAAAUGCUUUUCUUCUUGAUCACUUGUUCUCUCUCCUUCAUCCUCUUUUACAAGUCUCUUUCCCUCAAACCACUCGCAUCCUCGGCUUCUGAAAUGAGAUUGCUCUCUAUCUGGUUCUGGAAAGAUUUUUCACUUUUCCCCAUCGCCGAAUCCAUAAGAAACACCCUGUUAGGUGUAGUUCACAAAUUGUUUUCUCCAAUAAUGUCACCCAAGAAGAACAAGAAUUUUUAUAGCAAGGUGGAGAAUCUUGAAAUUACAUCAGAUAUGUCUGUGUUAGAUUUACCUGACCUUGUAUUGGAAUGCAUUCUUGAGAAGCUUCCAACAGAGGGGCUUUGUAGAAUGGCUAGUGUUUGUAGUUCUUUGAGAGAGAGGUGCAUAAGUGAUCAUCUAUGGGAAAAACAUAUGAAAAACAAAUGGGGUAGGAUUAUUAGCACUGCUGCACAUAGGGAAUGGCAGUGGCAUAUUGCUUCAAGAAAAGGUUCAAUCUUUUCUAAUCAAGGCAAACAGAGGAGCCUAAUGGGCUAUCUCACUCUCUUAUGGCCUAUUUCGCUGAUUAGAUCUAGUUUUGGUAAUAUUAUCAAGAAGGAUUUUCCUCCAGCUGAUUCAAUCAUGUCUUGGUAUCUUGCUCUUGAGUCUGGCAACUUUUGGUUCCCUGCACAAGUUUAUAAUCGUGAGAAUGGUCAUGUUGGAUUUGUGUUAUCAUGCUAUGAUGCCAAGCUCAGCUAUGAUCGAUGGACCGACACUUUCCAGGCCAGAUAUCCACCACAUGGAAGAAGAGCAAGUGCAGUAGAGACUGGUGUGACAUGGGAUAGACUCAGGGCUCCCCCUGUAGAUAACUCUCCCCAUGAUCUCCAUAUUUCUGAUUGCUUGAACGAGUUGCGACCUGGUGAUCAUAUCGAAAUCCAAUGGAGAAGAAACAAAGAAUUUCCAUAUGGAUGGUGGUAUGGUGUUGUAGGCCACUUGGAAACAUGUGAUGGGAAUGCCAAUUACUGCCCCUGCCAUGAUAGUGAGACACUGGUGCUAGAGUUCAACCAGUACGCUCGUGGUUCACGCUGGAGAACGAAGUCUCUUAACAGGAAAGACCAUCGAGAAGAAGGAAAUGAGGCAGAUGGAUUUUAUGGGGGAAUUCGAAAACUUAAGAGCAACGAAGAGACUUCCGUAUGGAAGAAACUCUGGCCAGCUGAAGUCUUGGAAUAGAUCACAAACUUUUGGUGAAAAUUUGUAUCGAAAUCUGGAAAUCUCGACAUUUUAGUUUGCACAGCAUUUUAUAAGUGCAGAGGGCUCUGCUCAUUGGCGCAACGUGAUAAUUUUUGCCCUCUGUCUUAUCACGUAUUCGGGAAAUUUUACUUAUGAUUCGUGAAGCCAUCGAUAAGUUGAUAGCAACUGUAUGUAAAUUGUUUCUGUUGAAAUUUAAAUAGAAUAUAACAAAACUACCAUGACUUGUAUAUUUGUUCAGUAAUAUAUUAGCAGAACUGAAUUGGGAAUACAGCCAUUGUUUU